CAGCAAUAGAGGUUUCAACUUGCAACAUAAAGCCAUAAAGUGCAUUUGUGAAGUUAAUACAAAUGAGUCAUAUCCGUUGGAGAAGUUGAGAGCUUUCUCUCCCUAAGACAUUUGCGACUUAGGCUCUUCUUCAUACGGAAAUCACUCGUUUCUCAUCAUCCUCUCCAUUGAUUCCUUGAUUUGAGCUUGGAUAUUACCUAUACUACCUUCAUCUUCCUUUAAGGUGUAGUAUCUCUAAUUUUCGAGCUCAUUUUUGGACUCCUUGGACUCUCACGCACAAAAACAGUUCGUAGAAAUCACUAUUCACAAAAGAGGUCAACGCCUCUAGAGCUUGAUUUACUUGAUCAAACUUGGAUUGGAAGGUGUUUCUAGCUUCUCCUAGCUGUGGGGAUCAAGUAAAUCCACUUUUUUCCAUCAUCAAGAAACUUUGAGUUUUGGUCAUCUCCAACGGCCAUAUUCUUUGUUCUGAACAAAAGCUCUAACAAGAAAGCUAAGAAGAUGGUCACCUAGAGGGGGUUGCUACCUCUUAGCUUCCCCUUCCUUUGCUUCACCAUGGCUCACAAGAAGAAGAAAACUCCUCCACCAACCAAGUACUCCUCACGGCUUAAGGCAAUAGUUCAAGCUAAGAAAGAUGAGGCAGUGGGCGUGUUUGGCAUUCUGCGGUUAGCGGAUAGCGGGUUGUGAAUAACAGAUUCAGUGAGCGGCUAGCGGAAUAAAUUGGCGGGCUGUUAAAAGAUGUUUGGUAAUUUAGCUGUUUUGCCAUAAAAUUAGUAGAAAACAACAUUUUUCAAAAUGCCAAUCCAAAACUUUCCUAUUAUAAGUGUUUUCAUCCAAAAAAGCUAUUGUCGAACCGCUAUUUACCAAACAUCUUUUUUACUUCUUGAAAACGCUCAAAGUGGUCAAACCGCCAUUUUUCGGCUGAAACGCCGUUUACCAAACACCCCCAAUGACAUCAAAGAACCAUGAAGAGGAAGUGAGCUCCAACUUUGAGGAGGCUAACUCACAAACCUUAGAGGAAGGAAGCUCGGAUAGAGCCGUCACUUUGCCAACUAAAGAACCUACCCGUGAGGAUGAAGCUACUAAUGUUGAGGUAACUUCCUCUCCUACUAUUGAUCUUGAACACAUUGAGGUUGUUGAGGAACCAAAUGUUGAAACAAUUGAGAAGCCAAUUUAUGAGGUUGUUGAUGAGCCGAACGUUGAAACAAAUGAUGAAUCAAUUGUUGAGGUUAAUGAAGAACCAAACAUUGUGGAUGAUGUUCUUAUUGAGGAUGAAUCCGAGUAUAUCAUUGACUCACUUGUUAAGGAUAUUAUUGAUAAGGAGGAGGCCAAGGAUAGUGAAGAUAAACCAAAUGAAGUUACAACUAUUGAUGUGAAUGAAAAUAUUGGUAAUGUUGGUAAUGUUGAGCCUACCGUUGAAACUACCAAUGGAGUACGUGUCCCUUUUGACAAGUCUAAUGCCGCGACAUUAGAACCACCUAAGCAACCAAGAUGGGGUACUAAACCGAGCUUUGUUUCUCUUUUCAAAGACAAUAGGGAGCUUAACAAAGGGAUGAAACUUAUGUACAUUGAACCAAAGAAUGAUAUCAUUGAUCUCUCUACCCGUGUGUUAUCUUCCAUGAUUGACAUUUGGGGUCUGAUGUGAGUUUUCUCGUACUUAAAAAGAUUGUAGACAAGUGGUGAAAAGUACGAGUAUCGUCU